AUUUUAUUACAUAUUAAUUUUCAUUUUGUUUUUACGAUCCUCCUCUAAUCCACCACCUCUGGAUCCGCCACUGUAUAUGGUAAUACUGGCUUAUUAAUUUAGUGAGCUGUGAUAUAUUUUCACUUGCUCGUCAGCCGAUGUUUAACGUGUUAACGUAACAGCUGCGAACCCAUGCACGCGAAACAGGAUCUUUGUGAAAGGCAGAAAACAUCCGCAACCAUCCAAUCAGAUAUUUCCAUAACAGGUAGUGGCAACAGUACAUCUUGUAAGCCAUAUUCCCCAGUUUAUAAGUUUAACAUUAUUUCACCGAUCUAUAAAUAUAUAUAUUAAUUUUCGACACGACUCAUAUCGUUUAAAAUGAACCAUCAUCAUAUAUACGGUUUGUUAAUGUUGUUCCAAGUAACCUUGGUGACCUUCUGUGACGAUGAUCCCCCGGGGCACAUGCAGCCUAUGUGUAACUACCCUCCAUUACAAAAGGCCGCAACAAUGGACGACUUCCCCACCCCAGAGUAUUUCUUCCGGUGGUUAACGUCGCCAGGGCAACCAGUUGUGUUCAAGUCCGUUCUGGAUAAAAUCGACUUCCCAGCUUAUCACAAGUGGACGGACGACUACCUGCGCGAGAAGUUUGGCCAAAUAGUCGUCCAGACGGAACAGUCGCGAGACUAUGAUAAUUACCUCGGCAGCAUCAAAUGGCGACUUAUGCACCAGUUCCUAAGCGACUAUAAAGAGCGAAGGCAGUAUUUGGUGCAAGACCUCAAAGAAAACAUGAAAGAGGACAUCCGUAUUCCUCGCAGUCUACAGUGUGGAGGGUUUCAGAACCUGUUUGAGAAGUUCGUCAUGUGGCUGAGCAGAGCAGGCUCGACGUCGUUCUUACACAACGACGAGUACGACAACAUCAACUGCAUCCUAGACGGCGUCAAAGUGUUCAAACUGAUAGACAAGAAAUAUUCGCAGCAGGUCAAGGCCGAUAAUUAUAACCAUGAACUUGGGUACAGUACCGUGGAUGUUGACAAAGUUGACCUACAUCGGUUUCCAAAACUUCAAGGCCUGCCGUGGAUAGAAGCACGAGCUGAAAAAGGAGACUGCAUUUUCGUUCCAAAAGAUUGGUUUCACCUUGUGUAUUCUACUGGGGAGCGGAACCUGGCCGUGAACAUGUGGAUUGUUCCUCUGCCGGUCUUCAACGCAUCGGACUGUCAACUUCGCGAGCUGCACAGCGAGGCCACGAGAUACCAGACGUCAGACAACAUGCAGUCAAUACGACACACUAUCAUGUACGUAUACAAAGACAAGCAAAAUAUACAGAAAGACGACCUCGACCUAAUUCUGCUGAAAAAUUCACGAACUGAAGAAAACAGAAAUCAGAUCAUGAAGUAUCUGGAUGCAGACCAUGAUGGUGUUGUGUCCUGGGACGAGGUGCUGACGAUGGAUAUUGAAGAGUUCGUGGUGAAGUUCAUAGACAUCCUCCAUCUUCCACCCCAUCUCGACCAGCUGAAGGCUUACCUCCGGGAAAUCACGAACAAUGACGUGGAUUCGUACAGUCGGCUCAUAGAGUUAACGAGCGACGCGCGCGAAGAGUUAUAGAUGUUCUUUCUUUCUUUUUGUCUUUCUUUUAAAUUAGUUUCGUGCUUAUAUCUAAUUAAGGUUCAAGCACGCUGUCCUGGCACACACCUCAGCUAUCUGGGCUGUCUGUCCAGGGCCCCGUUCCACA